AUUAGCAAAUACUAACCACCUUACGCGUAUUUUUAAAAUUUUUGUUCACAUAUCUUGUCAUCAGUUUAAAACAAGAAAUGGUACAAAUAAGACGUUUGCCGGACGAACUGCAAAACGUAGCAGCCAAAGAGUUGGGCGAGGUGGAAUCCAGAAUACCCGAGGACUUGCAGGCCUUAAAGACAUGGAUUAAACAACAACCUCAUCUUAAAGCGCGUACCGAUGACCAAUUACUCAUCCAAUUCCUAAGGGGUUGCAAAUACAGUUUGGAGAAAGCAAAGAACAAAUUGGAUUUGUACUAUUCCCUCAAAACCAAAUAUCCCCAAAUGUUCAACCCAACCGAUGUGGAUUCACCCAAAUUUAGAGAAGUUCAUAAUCUCGCAUUGUACACACCUUUACCAAAACCGCUGUUCGAAAAUGAGGCACGCAUAUGGGUAUGCCAGUUAAAUUACUCAGCUGACCACUACCAUAUCGAAGAUAUGUAUCAUCCAUCAUCCGCCAUGUUUGAAUUGUCCUUGCUCAAUGAUCCAUUUGCCGGUGUCCAUGGAAUAAUUUUGAUUUUUGAUUAUAGCAAAGUGACAUACGGUCAUUUGGCACAGUUCACACCGAACUUCCUGAAGAGGGUUGUCUCAUUUCUGGAAAACUCCAUGCCUUUUCGAAUUCGCGCAGCUUAUUUUACGCAUGUUCCUUCAUUUGCACAGCUUAGUAUGAAGCUUAUAUUAAGUUUGGUUUCCGAGAAAAUAAGAAAAAGAUUGUUUAUUUUGGGGUCAGACAUCAAGGAAUUAUCUCAACACAUACCCUUGGAGUAUUUGCCUAUGGAGUACGGUGGUAAAAAUGGUUCAAUGAAGCAAGUGACACAGGAUUAUCAUAAGGUCUUUGAUGAAUAUCGAGAAUACUUCAAAGAGAACGCCAAUUAUGGUACAGAUGAAACAAAGCGUCCCGGUAAGCCACUCGAUUUAGAUGGUCUCUUUGGAGUGGGAGGUUCAUUUCGAAAACUAGAUGUAGAUUAAUUUUGUUAUCGUUGCUAUUGUUGUUAACAUUAAACGUAUAUCUGUGCUUGGCAAAAUGCUUUAAUACAAAUUAAUUUGAAUAUCAAUGGUUAAUAAAUCACAAUGAAAGUCAUUAGCUUA